AUGGGUUCAAAUGGUUAUGCACUUGGAAAAGGAAAUGUAGUUUUUGUUGUGUGUUCAGUCGAGGUAUGUGUAGCUCUUGCUGCAGUUCAUGGUAAACCACCAGGCGGUCAAGAUUCUGACAAGCAUGGUCCUCAACCUGGUGGACCAAAAGGUCCAGGUGGAGACCAUGGCAAAGAUAAAGGUCAAUGGGCAACAAAAAUAUGUGCUAAUGAUUCAAUAGCUCAACAAUUUCUUAAUCAAACUCGAGUUUUAAUCACUCAACUUCAAGGAAAUUCAUCAUUCGAACAAGUUCUCGCCUGUCGACAAAACGAAAUCAAUUUCAUUAAUGAUCCAAACAGUGCAAGUCUUUUAUCAUCAAAUUGUACUGGAUUUGUUAGCAAUCUCAAAGCUGCUAAAGAACUCGAUGAACAAGCUCAAGAACAACAAAAAGAUUUGGCAGAAGAUGCUAAGAAAGCAUUUUGGGCAAUUUGGAAAGGUCUUUUCUCAAGCUAA